CAGUCACCUGGAUAAAUAAAGGAACAAAAAUCAAAAAGGAUAUUUAUGGAGCUCUGCAGCCCCAACAUGAGUGAAAAUGGGGCUUCUCUGUUCCAGGUGAAGCAGCUUCCCUGCCCAGGUGUCCCCCUGUUUGCACACCACAUGCACGGCAUCCCCCACCUCUCCUACAAACCCAGGGCUGGAGAUCCAGCUCCAGUGGUGGCAUCCAGCCAGAGCCCGGCUGUACGUCACAGGGUAAAUGGAGCCACGGUGGGAACCUGCAGCAGUCCUGAGUGUGCAGCUUCCAGGCUUGGAGAGGAGGCAGCAGUGACCCCCGGUGUCCCUAAGGGGAAGGUGCUGGUGACAGGAGGAGGGGGCUACUUUGGCUUCAGGCUGGUGAGAGAACUUGCUGGUGAGGGGAUGUCAGUGAUCCUGCUGGACAUGAACAAGCCUCCCUGUGAUAUUCCUGAUGGAGCAAUCUUCUACCAGAGUGACAUUCGGGAUUAUUCCUCCCUCUACAAGGUGUGUGAAGGAGUCGACUGCAUAUUCCACACAGCAUCUUAUGGCAUGUCUGGACCAGAUCAGCUGAGGAAGGAGCAGGUGGAGUCUGUCAAUGUUGGAGGGACCAGUAAUGUCAUAAACGUGUGUAAGCAGAGGAGCAUCCCCAGACUGGUCUACACCAGUACCAUCAACGUGGUGUUCGCGGGGAAACCGAUUGAGGAUGGUGAUGAGGAGUCAGUGCCAUAUGUGCCCAGUGACUUGCACAUUGACCACUACUCCAGAACUAAAGCAUUUGCAGAGCAGAUGGUCCUCAUGGCCAACGGGUCCUCCCUAAAAGGUGGAGGCAUGCUUCGGACCUGCGUCCUGCGGCCCUGUGGCAUCUAUGGACCAGAGGAGAGACGACAUCUUAACAGAGUGAUGGCGAAUGUGGAGCGUCGGCUGUUCAGCUUCAGGUUUGGGGACCCAGGAGCCAGGAUGAACUGGGUGCAUGUAGAUAACUUGGUGUCGGCCCACAGGCUGGCAGCCGAGGCUCUCACAACCAAGAGGAACUGUGUUGCUAGCGGACAGGCCUACUUCAUCAAUGAUGGAGUUUCGGUCAAUUUGUUUGAGUGGCUGACACCUUUGUUCCAAAAGCUGGGCUACAGCAGGCCGUCAAUAUAUUUGCCAGUGUCACUCAUCUAUUCAGCAGCCAUCCUGGUGGAAUAUUUACAUGUGAUUCUGAGACCAGUGAUAAAAGUCCCCCUCCUUUUCACCAGAAGUGAGGUCAGGAUCAUCACAGUGAGCCACACUUUCAAAAUUGACAAGGCCCGUCGAGAGCUGGGUUACAGCCCAAAGCCUUACAGCCUGGGAGACUCCGUGGACAAGUACCUGAAGAGCCGACAGUCUCGCUCCAGCUCACAACUUUUCAGCUUGUCCUCGAUCAUCCAGCUGCCCCGAUGCCUCAUCGUGCUGUUGCUGCUAGGUCUCAGUCUGGGGCUGCUCAUGUUCACCUGUAUAAUGUGUUAGAGAAAUAUAAAAAGUGGUUACUGUACUGGACAGACAGCUAGACUCUAACUUAUUUCUGGCUUCUGCAUUUGAAACCACACUUGUCUUGGCAAAUUUGUUGAAACAGGACAAAUGUAAUAAAGUCUUUCCUGGAAAUAAGUAUGUCAGAUUAUACUGUUUAAUUGUUCAAAUACAGCAAUUUCAAUUGAUCUCCACAUUUACUAUUCCUUUCCUUUUUUAUUAUCUGUACCUGGUUUCAAGAUGAUAAAUGAUUGAAAAGUAUUAAAGC